AUGGCGGACACAGGUAGUGAUCUUUGCUUCCGUUAAGAAUUAUCUCCAAAAAUCUGUUAUUUUUUGUCUUCAAAGUGAAAAACCUGACGAAAUCGAUAGUUUAUCUAAUGCUAUUCAUCUGCAAAUGAAGAUAAUUGGAUGAAGGUUGGCGUCUUUUUUCCCCAAAGGAUGAAACUAAAUGAGCGAAGUCUUGCUCAGUUUUCUAUUUCUUCAGCGCCCAUCGACAAAGAAGGCUAUCUAAAUAAGAAGGGAGAGCUAAACAGAGGCUACCAGAGACGUUGGUUUGUUCUCAAAGGGAACUUACUUUAUUAUUUUGAACGUAAAGGAGACAAGGAAGCUAUCGGAGUCGUUAUUUUAGAAAAUUGUCAUGUUGAGUUGGCGGAAAGCGAAGACCAGUUGUAUGCUUUUCAAAUCUCUUAUGGAGGUGCUGGGUCAAGGACUUAUGUUCUAGGAGCUGAUAGCUCUCAAGAAAUGGAGUCAUGGAUGAAAGCAGUAACAAAUGCGAGCUACUUAUACCUAAAAAUGAUGGUUGAAGAUUUAGAAAAAAGGCUCCAGGACUUAACUACCUCUCAAAAUGAAAUGGUCAAUGAUAGUCUGUCUGAUAGUGAACGUUUUCUUGACUCAACCGAGUCAGCCGAUGCGGAAGUCAAAGUCAAUAGACAUUCUGCUUCUCAAAUAGUAGAAAACAGGUUAAGUAUUUCUAAACCAAUGCCUGCAAGUAGAACACCAGAUUCGUUUGGAAAAUUUGAACCAACAGUUGGGACACUUAUAGAUUUUGAUAGUCUUCCUGAACAAGACACUGAGUUCUAUUCCAUGGGAAAGUCUCCUGAAGACUUGCUACCUCUAAAUUUCAAUGAAUUUCAACAUCUAGAAGCUCUCCAUGCAAGGGAGUUAGAUAGUCAACGAGAAAAGAGUCAAGUCUCUCAAGAUGAUAGUUUGCUAGGUCAGAGGUUAGCAGCUGGAAAUAUUAGAGCGCCAAGAUCAAAAUCUGAAAGAAGAAGGAAUCUCAAACCUGAUAUAUCUGAUGUCAGCAGCUAUAGGAGUAUUACACAGACUUUUACUGAUGAGGCGUGUGGAUUGACAGACCAAGGGAGUGUCUUCAAACGGCUGCACGAAAAGUAUGGUGCCUCAAUAUGGGUGAAAGUAAAGGAGUGUGGAAAAAAAGAUGCAUUCCUUGAUUAGAUUUGGUUUAUAAUCAUUGCAGUAUACAGCAUCUUACUUAACUUAACAUGUACAUUACAAUUAUCUUGUUUAAAUCUAAUUCUACUUUAAAAGCAUCGUUAAUGUACAGUCUACAAAGAAUAUUUUGCAUCCAAGGGUGAGUCAAUGGUAGGGUUUUUUUAAAAAUAAUGGAUAACAGGCCAAAUUUAGUUUUAGAAAGAAGGAAAUUUUAUUAAACAUUAAAAUAAUAUGCAAAAUUGUUUUAGGGAUAAUACAUGUAGAUAAUCGACAAAACUAUUUGAGAGAUACAACUGCAAUAGACAACACGGCCUGGUUGUACAAAGCCUGGAUAGCACUAUCCAACACAUAUAUCUUAUCCAGUGGAUAAAUUUAUUGGGUAACAGCAUCAACUUAUCCACUGGAUAAGGACUUAUCUGCCGGAUAGUGCUAUCCAGGCUUUGUACAGCCAGCCCAGGCAAAAUUAUUCUAGGGACAAUCAUCAAUAAGCUUUAUGUGAUUACAGUCUUUGUCCUAUUAGAAAUGGCAAUUGGCAUCAGAAAUAUAGGGAUAUAACAGAUAGCUGAACCCCAAAUACCAGAUUUUCUAGAUAGUGCUGAAGUAAAUAUUAUUACAGGGCAAACUACAAUAAUCAAAAGGAAACAAGUACCUAAAAGGAAUGUUGCUAUAAUUACAUAAAUGAGCUUACAGCUGCAAUCUGACUCACUAUGAUGUUUCACAAUUUUCUCAUUUCCUCUUAUUCACUUUUGAUACCUCUUUAAUCAGAAUUCAUUUUACAGUUCUUUUUGUUGGCUGAUCUAACACUAUUAUCUUGCAACUCACAAAGGAAUUAAAAUAUUUGAAUGAUACAAAAAAGAGUUUGAAGAGAAUUAUGGUAGUAGUGGUAUUAAGACAUGAUAAACUAAAAGUAAGUGGAAAAUCACACUACCUUCAUAAACCUUAGAAAUUUAGACGUCAAUGAAACUUGUCCUGUUCGUUUCAAAAAUUAUAAUUUAAGAAGAGAUUUUAAAUUGAAAAUUCCAACAAUUUCAACUCAUUCAUAGUUUAAAAAAGUUGAGGUUGGACUGUCAUAAAAAUACAGCAAAUGUAAAAACACAUCAAGUCCAAAGUCAAUUUGUAGCAAUAUAAUAAUUGAAAAAAAAUGAAAUGAGUUAAAUUAAAAAACCAUUAGCAUAUACAGUCAAACAUCUGUAAAUUUGUCAAUUUUCAAAUUGAGCUUUCUUGGCUGAUAUAACACCUGACAUAAUGAAUCUUUGUAGGGUUAAUGAAGUAUUGGUUUUUUGCUCAGUUUGAUUUUAGCUGAACCAAAUUUGUGGCUGCCAUUUUGGCAAGGGGUCUAACUAUUGAGUGAAUAGUCACUCCAGUGAAUUUGAAAAAGGUCUAUUGUCUGUCAAAUUAUUAGUCUUGUGCUCAUAUCAUUCAAGUAGUGGUUGUAGAAUAAUGCUGCAAAUGUCUCAUUCCAUACAUUAUAGUUUCCCUUUGUUUUCAUUCUGCUUUAAUUAUAUUUCUCCCAUUAAGCCAUGUUUCAUGUUUUUUUUCACAGGAGAAAUACUACAAUCCCUAAUCAGUGAAACUUCUUAGAUAUUUUAGUUUAGCAACAUACCUCUUUACCUUGGGCUUAAUAUUUCCCUUUCCAGGCCAUGUGUCAUUUUCUUGACAAUAAGACGUAACAGGAACAGCAGCUAAUCUUUCACAUUUUUGGUCUUUUUUCCUGUUGUAAAUAAAUAGAAUAGUUGUGCCUGUUCUUGAACUCUUGUAGAAAAGACUUUCAUUAUUUAAUUAAAAAUGAUCAAUGAA